AUGCCGCAAGGCAUGGAGGCACCGCGUCCCUGCCCUCUGGGAUCGGCCGUGCCGCGGUACUCUUGGGACCGCGUUUGUGCUCUGUCUUGGCUGCAGGAAAAUUUGCUUGUCCGUCACACUGUCCGCGUCGCACGUGCUGCGAUCCCCAGUGCUGUCUGCACAGUUUGUGCUUGCGUGUCCCCUGGUGGCUGUGAUGUGGAUGGGUCCUUCACGCCGUAUGCGCUUGAAUUCACCAUCCGUCACUGUUUGCCUUGCUUGGCCCCUGGCCCCGGUGGCGCAUUGAAUGUGUUUCUGUGCCAUCUUGCACCCGCUGCCCGCUCCUCGCACAGAACGAUGAUCAAUACCUCCCUCGCUGACGGCAGUCUGCGAAGUUCCUGCGAAACGGGGACACCACUCCCAUCUGCAAACACGGGAAGGACACAUGCCGCACGGAGGGAGUUGUUGGCCAAUCCCGCUGCUCUCUGUCCUGCUAGGGGAGAGCGAAGGACUGGUCCACCGCCGCCUGUCAGCACUGCUGGCACACCGCCGAUGCCAGUCUGUAUCCACGCCACGACGCGCGGUGGUUGUAUGGGGUUGUGUGGGUGGUGGGAGGGUGAUGGUGUCACUGAAUUUAUUGCGUCUGCGCGGCUUUGUGUCGGCGGCUGUACUGUGGUGGGGAUUGUGUAUGACCGGAUGCCUCUGCUUGUCACUGUGUUUGGUUACUGUUGUUCUUUCUGCCUUUUAUUAUUAUUUAUUUAUUUUUUUUGA